UCGAAGAAGCUAUUUAAUCUAAAGGAUAAUUCUUCAGUUUUUUCUCUUGAUUAAUUAAAAGCUUUUACAGUUUCAUCUCAAAAGAGCAGUGGCUAAAGGCAAAGACAAAUGACUUCACUACAGCUUUGGUUAUUUUUUGGUGUUAUCUGUCUUUUUAAAUUGGGAAGCACUUUUUCUUUGGAGCGAAUCUCUCCAAGCGUAAAAAAUGACAUACGGAAUCUCAACAAUUAUUAUAAAACUGACGACCCCAGUUUGUUCCAGGAUGGUGCACUCUUCCUCAAUUACCUCACCCAACCAGAGAGCUUGGAAAGUGAAGAAAAGGUGCUUUUUAAAGAAACAGUUCGUGUGUAUAUUGAUAUCCUGAAGGUGAUGAUGAACAGCACCACUGGACAGCAGCAAAUUCAAGACAGCCUUCAAAACCUUUCAAAUGAGCUGGAAAGUUUAUUGAAAAGUCUGAAUGGAGAAACUCAUCUAAAAGAAAACCUUCAAAAGCUCUGGAAAAUUGAGACACGUGACCGAAUGGUUCAAAGAAAAGCAGUAUUUGAACUCCAGCAGGUGCUAGCUAAGGCUCUGAAUUUGCAAGCAAAGCAAAAUUUAAAAAGGAGGAGGCGAAGGCAAAACACAUCCAGAAUUCAACACUGAUGUUGAUGCUCUUCCUAUAGUUCUAUAUUUAUAUUUAUUUAUUUUUUUAACUUAUAUAGGUAUUUAUUUAACUUAAUUUGUAACCUGAUUGUACUUGAAAUUAAAAUGCAUCAUUGAUUAUAGGCAAGCAAUGUGGUGCAGCAGUUAAUGCUUUGGACUUGUAACCCCGAGGUUGUAGGUUAAAACCCUACCACCGUAUGACCCUGCGCAAGUCACUUCGCUUGCCGGUGGUCGAAUUAGGACUGGGCAAUGUAACCUCAAAUUAAUACCAUGAUUAAAUUAACAUUUUACCUCAAUUACAAUUAAUGAAUGAUUAUUUUGCUUUUUUUUUCCCCUAAUAGUUCACUAACAAGGAUUGUCCUGUAUUUUGUUCAACUAUUAAACCUGGGUUUUUUUUUUCUAAUGAAAGAAUGCAUAUCUUAUCUUUGUGAUUUUAAAAUAAUUGAAGGAAACAUACAGAGAUAAAGUAUUUAUGGUUCAGCUCUUGUUGCACCUCCACUAAUGUCUUCUUUUGUUCCCAGCUAUAGGAAAAAACACUGACUAUGUUUUUGCACACCCCUCCUACCCUCCUUAUACGUUCCACACAUUGAGCUUUCAUUGCAUUUUCUGAAGUAAAUACAUAUUAACAAAUUAUUAUAUUAUUGAUGGUUUCACGUAUACCUGAAGAUAUUACAGACCAUAUAGCUGAAGAUAGAUAGAUAAAUAGAUAGAUAGAUAGAUAGAUAGAUAG